AUACUGUAGAACAGCUGCCACGCGUUUGUCACUCCUACAUUUACUCAUAACGAAAGUGAAAGUAAGAUAAGAGAAGAACCGGGACGACCGUUCAGGUCAGUCCACACGCUUCACCCUAUAGAAGUGGCUCGGUUACCCUACAGAGGAGCGUGUACGGUAAAAGAACAUGGCCUCCAAUGGUGCCCUUUUUUCUGUUUGUAUUAUUAUCUGUAUCACUGCAGGAAAGACAGGGUUUGUCGAUGUAAAAUGCAAAACUUCAAAUGUGGGACAAUAUGGCCAGCAUUCACUGCUGGAGUGUGUUGUCGAAACCUCAAAAGAAGCAAAAGGUGCACAAAUCCGGGUGGUCUCUUGGAAGAAAGAGGGAGACGAAAAGUUUCUUUUUCUUUUUCAGGAAGGGAAAACUACACGACAGCCACGGUAUGAGUUUGCUGAGCCAUCCUGGAAUGACAAAAACAUGAAUGUAUCCCUGCUCAUUACCAACACUUUGUUGUCGGACAGUGGAGCUUAUUUCUGCCAUGUAAUGACGGACAGGGGUUAUGACGAUGGUGACCUCUACCUUGAAGUCACAGCCAAAUACAGUGUCCCAACUAUAAGCUUCAGCCGUGACAAGAAUACUGAAAAUAUAGCUGGAACCCUAACCUGUAAAUCUGACGGUGGCUACCCAAAAGGUCAACUUCGCUGGUUUAGCACACCAGACACGGAGUGGACACAAAGCUCUACAAUGGAGGCUAGACAGACAGAUGGUGGUCUGUUUCAACUCUCUAGCGAGCUGACUUUGCUGCAUGGAUCCAGUUUUGACCAAUAUGCCUGCGUAGUGUUCAACGCCAGUGGAGGCAGAGUGAAUGAAGCCACAUAUGAUUUCACAAAGCUUGACAAAAUGUUUGAAGCAGAAAAACAUGGCAGUAAGGACGUAUCCAAAAUAGUGGCUCCUGUGGUGGUCAUCGGGUCGCUGAUUGUCGGUUUGCUGUUGGCGAUGCUGUUUUUUAGAAGGCGAUCACGACAGCGUCGGAGGCACUCCACAGCGCCCCUUAUGGGUGACCAUGAAGAGGUUUCCACAUGUGAAUUAGAUGCUGAGAAAGGUGAAACAGAGAUAACUCAAAACGGCUAAAGCAGCCAGGCCUGAGGAGACACUGCAUGUCACAUGGAUAAGUUCAAUAACCUCUGAAAUCAACACUUUCCGUGUUUGCUCCACUUCAUUUUGUCACCAUACCUUUAUUAUGGCAAACAAUAUAACCAAGAAUAACUUGUAUUACUGUGAUUCAUCAGAGGAUCUGAGGGCUGUUCAUCUAUGUAAGCUAACAAAGUAAAUGCAUUUGAAUCAGGUCUAAGACUAAAAAAAAAAGAGGCUUUGAAGCCAGGGUGUCGUUUUCUGGCCCUGCCACUAGGGGCAAAAUCUGACUCCACCACAAACCAGCACGGUAGCGUUGGUAGUUAUGGCACUGAAUUUCUGAUAUGUGUUUGGCAUUGGGGAAAAACAUUUGUUAAGGUGUGUCUUUGUUUAGGCUGCACAGUAGCUGCAGCAGCCACCUUCCUUCUUACUUUCACUUCUCAUACUGUGCUAUCAUUACAAGUAAAGCAGUGAAUCAUAUUAUGUAAAUAGCAGCAGGGAGUUGCAAUAUACCUGUGUGUAUGCAUAUUCCAAAGAAUUUAACUAGUUGCUCUUACAGAAUUUUAAUUUUUUUUUGCCAUUUUUACAUUCUGCAUAAUUAUUAGUUUUGUGACGGUGUUCAGAAAUAAUAGUGGUACUACACAAUAUUUUUCUUACUGAUCCCAUGAAAAGAUCAAAAGUAGCACUGUACUAGUAUGUCUCACAGUAAUUUUUU